CCAAUUUUUAGAGUCAAUCUAAUCCUUAAAGAUCUAAGAAUAGGAUUCCAUAGAGAAUCUGCUGAGGUUUUGAAGAAACAAAGAAUUAUGAGUGUAGUUGCUUUUUGUUUUCAGUCUUCUAUAUUUCACUUGUCAUCUUUCUCUGCCUUGAGCAAAAGCGAGUUUUUUCCUCUCAAAGUAAAAGAGUUUACAGAUGGACCUCUACUGUUUGCCUCUAAUAGGGAUAUUUAUUAUCCAGUCGUUUCCAGCAAACAAGCUGAUGGUGAUAGGAAAGGUGUAUCUCCUCAUAGUCCUGGCCUAGGAAGAAUACCAAAAGGGGAUGAGAAUAAGGAAAAUCAAUCCUCCAGAAAUCGGGAAGAGAUCAUUUCUCUUUUUAGACGAAUUCAAUCCUCUAUCUCAAAGGGGUCUGCAAAUUCGAAAAAGAGAAGUUCCCAACCAUCUGAAGAUGGGUCCUCUGCGGAUUCAGUUUUGGAAGUUCUUCGUCAGUCAAGAACAAAAGGGAAAACUGCUACGAAAGAUGGGGACAAGAUUUUGGCUCGGCAGCGAGGUUCACUAAGGAAGGAACAGAAAGCCAAUUAUUCAUCAGUGGUGGACUCAAAGUUAACUCGUCCACCAUCUACUUUUGUGAGGAGGUCCCCAAUUCCUCUGUCAAACAGAGGAGUACCAGCUGACCUUAGAAGUGAUCAGGUGCCUGCUGCAGAUUAUAAGAAGGAAACGGAAAUUCCAGAAUUGAAAGGAUUAGCUCUGCAGAAAGUUGAGGACAUGAAACUUCCUGAGCUUAAAGAACUUGCAAAAUCUAAAGGAAUCAAAGGCUACUCAAAACUUAGAAAGGCCGAACUGGUGAAGUUGCUUAUCACAUCAUAAAUUUGUCAUGUAUGGGAAACGAAAUUUUUGUUUUUACAGAUCCGAUCCUGCUGCCAUUAGCUUUUUAUCCUCCAUCUAGGACCUUUCAAUUUCCCUGUUUCUCUUUAAUUCUUUUGUGUGGCAGAGUAGAUUGUGUCAGUGAAUGUAUUAUGGCCUGAUGAAUGUUUUAGUAAUGCAUUAGUUCCUUGCCAA